AGGGAAGGAAGCCUCGCCCUUGGCGCCGGCUCCGCCUUUGGUUCCGCCAAUGACCGGCUGACCCGCGGGUCCGGGUCUCGGUCCCCAUGGCAGCCCGGCGCGCUCAGCUCUAAUUGGCUGCGUCUGCCUGAGCGCCGCGCCCCGGCGUUCCGACGCCGACGGCCGUGCCACGUACGCGGCGGCUGAUUGGCUCGCCCUGGCCCACGUCACUGCCCGCACGGGUUAGGCCCCAGUUCCGGGCCCGCCACUCUGGCGUCGCGUCCUGUUUCGCCGUGGCCCUGGCUCCAGCUCCGUCGUCAGCGCGGAGUGAGCGGACAGGGUAGAGCCCGAGUCGGUCAGUUUGGCGCAAUGAAGGCACUGAUCUUGGUGGGCGGCUAUGGGACGCGCCUGCGGCCGCUGACGCUAAGCAUCCCGAAGCCGCUGGUGGAUUUCUGCAAUAAGCCCAUCUUACUGCACCAAGUGGAGGCGCUGGCCGCGGCAGGCGUGGACCACGUGAUUUUGGCUGUGAGUUAUAUGUCUCAGGUGCUGGAGAAGGAAAUGAAGGCUCAGGAGCAAAGGCUAGGAAUCCGAAUCUCUAUGUCCCAUGAAGAGGAGCCUUUGGGAACAGCUGGGCCCCUGGCACUGGCCCGUGACCUGCUCUCUGAGACUGCAGACCCUUUCUUCGUCCUCAACAGUGACGUGAUCUGCGACUUUCCCUUCCAAGCCAUGAUGCAGUUCCACCGGCACCAUGGCCAGGAGGGCUCUAUUGUGGUGACCAAAGUGGAAGAACCCUCUAAGUACGGUGUGGUGGUGUGUGAGGCUGACACAGGCCGAAUUCACCGGUUCGUGGAGAAGCCGCAGGUGUUUGUGUCCAACAAGAUCAAUGCAGGCAUGUACAUCCUGAGCCCUGCAGUGCUGCGCCGCAUCCAGCUGCAGCCUACGUCCAUUGAGAAGGAGAUCUUCCCCGUCAUGGCCAAGGAGGGGCAGCUCUAUGCCAUGGAGUUGCAGGGCUUCUGGAUGGACAUUGGGCAGCCCAAGGAUUUCCUCACUGGCAUGUGCCUCUACCUACAGUCACUGCGACAGAAGCAGCCUGAGCAACUGUGCUCAGGCCCAGGCAUAGUGGGCAACGUGCUGGUGGACCCCAGUGCCCGCAUUGGCAAGAACUGCAGCAUCGGCCCCAACGUGAGCCUGGGCCCUGGUGUGGUGGUGGAGGAUGGCGUGUGUAUCCGGCGGUGCACAGUGCUGCGAGAUGCCCACAUCCGUUCCCACUCCUGGCUAGAGUCCUGCAUCGUAGGCUGGCGCUGCCGUGUGGGCCAGUGGGUAAGCCUCUGGGCUGGGCCAGGUGGGGAGAGUGGCAGGGAAUGCCCCUGCGUCACUGACAAGGCCUGCCCCCUCCCCUCCGAGGUGCGUAUGGAGAACGUGACCGUGCUGGGCGAGGACGUCAUAGUUAACGACGAGCUCUACCUCAACGGGGCCAGUGUGCUGCCCCACAAGUCUAUUGGCGAGUCGGUGCCGGAGCCUCGCAUCAUCAUGUGAGAGGAUGCCUUGGGGCUAGCUGAGCUCCCAUUUCCUUCCUGGCAAGGGGAGCACCGGCUCAACCCAUCAGAAGGCCCUGGACUCAUUGCCAUUUGGCUGGGGAGGACUGGAUGAGGAUGAAGCUGUUGUACACCUGCCUUCUGCAGUGGACAUACUCUGGCAGGAUCCUUGUUGGGCACACCCCACAAAGCCCACUCCCUCAAGGAGGGCCAAGGCAGGACUGUAUGUAAUAAUAAUUUAAUGCUCACUGUG